UCUCUCUCUCCCCCUCUCACACAGAAACACAUCGGCAGUGCAGGAGCUGCCGCAAUAUCCCGUCCUCCAGGGUUUUAAACUACCGUGUUUGCUUUACUCUCCAACAGUUUCAUCCAGCUGAAGCGACAGUUCAUCGUGGGAAGAGCGCCGACGAGCAGGAGCAAGACAACGACAGCACAGCCAAACUAAAAAAAAAAAAAGAAAGACAGAUACUGGGCUGCGGGUCAACGAGUUUAACCCUUCAUUUUCCGUAGCAUUGUUGCUCUAUGGAAAGGUAGUCGAAGCGGGUAGACGUCUGCAUGAAAUGUGAACGGACCGGGUUCCGUUAUCUUCAAUGUGGUUGAGUCUAGCGGUUAGCUCGGUACAGCCGCGUUGAUGCAGCAGCGCACGGCUGUGGUGUUCAAAUCCACCACCGGAUCUGGGAAGACAAUAGGUCAAAUAUACGGCGACCUGGACUGCCGGGGCUGCACUAAAGGAGAGUCUACAUCCCCUUGGGCUUCACUAGUGUCUGUGUGAGGAAUUGGGUUAGAGAGGCAAGCGACAACCGGCGGGUAGCUGCAUCAGGAUGGCAGCUGUAGUCAACUACUCUCCACCUUGGUGGGUGAAUCUGCUUCAUCGGUUGCCUCAUUUCAAUAUCGAAUUCCAGGUGGUGAGCAGUGACUUCAGACCGGAGGACUCUGACUACCAGAAGUCUAUUUUGCUGCUUGGUGCUGUGGCGUUGGUGUGUUUGGGCCUGGACCUCCUGUUUCUCCUCUUCUACUCGUUCUGGCUGUGCUGCCGGCGACGCAAGAGUGACGAAUCCUCACACUCUCACUCUCACUCGCAGCAGCCCAGCUCUGACUGCUGCUGCACCGCCUGGUGCGUCAUCAUCGCCACACUCGUCUGCAGCGCUGGCAUCGCUGUAGGAUUCUACGGAAAUGGGGAGUCUAGUGAUGGAGCCAGUCGUUUGGCAUACUCCCUCCGGCACGCCAACCGUACCGUAUCUGGGGUGGAGAAACUGGUGUCAGACAACGUCCUAGCCUUAAACCAGACAGUGGAGGAGAGCUUAGUCCAGUUAGAGACAGCCUUCCAGGAGCAGACAGACUAUGUGUCCAUCAUCCAAAAGCUGCAGGGCCAGCUGGAUGAACUGGUGCGGCUAAUGGUGGAUGUUCCAUUCUGGUCCAACACUGACAUUUCUCUAGAGGACCUGGCCCAUAAGAUAGAGGCCUUUGACUUUUACAGGUGGUUGGGGUACCUGGGCCUGCUGCUGUUUGAUGUGCUCAUUUGUCUUCUGGUGCUCUUUGGUCUGAUACGCAACUCUCGAGGCACUCUGAUAGGAGUGUGUCUGCUGGGGGUUCUGACUCUGAUUAUCAGCUGGGGGUCUCUCGGCCUGGAACUGGCUGUCGCUGCUUCAGCCAGUGACUUCUGCGUUUCCCCGGAUACCUACAUCACCAGGGUAACCAAGGAGAACACUGUCAUCAACCAAGAUAUUCUGCAGUAUUACCUGAGGUGCAGCUCUGGCCAAAUUAACCCCUUCCAGCAGAGGCUGUCAGGGAGUCAUAAAGCUUUGGUGGAGAUGCAGGAUGAUGUGGCAGAGCUACUGAGAUCAGCAACACGUGAUUAUGCCAACACCAAGGGGAGUCUUGAGCAGAUCCAGUCAGUGCUUAAUUCCACCGAGGUUGGUCUACACCAGCUAACCGCUCUGGUCGACUGCCGCAGCCUACACAUGGACUACGUUCAGGCAUUGACAGGCCUGUGUUAUGACGGAGUUGAGGGUCUCAUAUACCUGGUUCUGUUCUCCUUUGUCACUGCUCUGAUGUUCUCCUCUAUUGUGUGCAGUGUGCCACAUACCUGGCCUGGCAAGAGGACGGAUGAGGAAGACGGAGAGGACGAGUCGGGUGCCUCAAGGGGCGGUGUGCACGAUAACCUGUACCGCGUUCACAUGCCCAGUCUCUACAGCUGUGGCUCCAGCUACGGUAGCGAAGCUAGCCUGCCCGCUACAGCCCACACUGUCAGCAAUGCCCCCGUCACUGAAUACAUGAGCCAGAAUGCAAACUUUCAGAACCCUCGGUGUGAGAACACCCCCCUGAUUGGCAGGGAGUCCCCUCCACCCUCUUACACCUCCAGUAUGAGAGCAAAAUACUUAGCCACUAACCGACCAGACCAGAACCGACGCUCCGUUCCCAAUGACCAACUGGACCCGGCUAGCCGUCCUCACCCUGCUGCCCGACCACAGUCCUCAGUCCACUAGAGACCAGAGCUGUGUCAUUCCACCCCAGUACUGCCUAAAUCCAGUUCUCACAGCCACCAACAAGACCCAACAUGGCGCUCACCAGAGCUCAACCAGAGCUGAGUGCUUCAAGCACCAACAGAACCCCAGCUUGUCAAGACCCACUGAAUUUGACAAACACCGCUUCACCAGAAACAACAUAGUAAGCCACAUCCCAUUAACCAAGCACCUCAGUGAAGGACUGCACUUUGGAGGUCAACUUCUACUCCUCAUCCACAAUUAUCCAGAAAAUCUAACCAUCAAAGCCCAUCAUACUGUACAUGAUGGCUGUUUCUACUUCUCUUCUUUAUGGACACACAGCCCACACUUCCUUCUGCUAGUCUUCAAAUAUCUCCUUCUCUACUGGUAUCUGCCCUAACACUUUUACAUUCAGACCACACACUUGCACUCAGACAAGUGCACACACACAAACACACAUGCACACACACUGUACAGAGCUGUAAAUAGUAACAGUAAGUGUGCUUUAUUCUGAUUUCAUCUAAAGUAGACUGUUGAAUCUUUACUGGUAAUAUGAUGUGCUGCGUGUGUAUCAUGGAAAUCUUUGCUGUAUCUCGCACACACACACACACACAAAGAGGCAGAUAGUCUUAACUGAACACUCAUCUGUAUAAAUAAGAAGCCAGUGAAUCACAAAGCCAUGUUUAGAUAGAAGGUCUACUACUGCAUCCACAUUCUCACUUUAGCAUUUAACAAUGUCACCUAAAUCAGACUUGAAUCGUGAUCUCAAAAAGCGUGUCCAUGCCCCUCUCUGUACUUGUUUACGUGCACAUACAGUGAAGCGCAUCAGUUAUUGCAUUUUUGAACAUUUGCCAGGAGUCCUGUUGUGGAGUAACUGCUUUGAAUUCUGGGAACUGGAGCAAAAGACAAAGGACAUAAGAAGGCUCGACCUGUGCCAAAAAACUUUAUAAUAAAAACGAGGGAUGCCUGAUUCUGCUUCUCCUGCUUCCGCCCAACAUCUCAGAAGAGUCAUGGAAUGUUUCCCUUGGAUUGUAAAUAAUAAAGGAACAGGAAAGACACUUGACAAGGGAAGUGAUGGACCGAUAACUGCGACUAUGUGUUUGACAGGUGCUAUGUAAGGCAGUCGAGGUCCCUGAGGACGAUCAGGCCUGAGGCGGGAUGGGAAUGGUUUUUGUUACUUUAAUGUUUUGUUUUCAUUCAGGAAUAGUAAAGUGAACAACUUUCCAUCAUUCGUGAAUGGACAUUAUGUCCCAAAACUUGAAACAUCAUGUCCCUGACAAAUACUGUUACAUAAAAGUGUUUCAAACUCAUGGAAAGUGGAUGUUUUUUAUGUUUUAUCAUAAGCUGACUAUCGGGAUGUGAUACUGUGACCAGUUCUGUUUUUUUCUUCUAUACUGUUUUGUUAUUCUUGUGCUUUUAUUUUGUUAAUAUUUUGUUAACCGGUGACCUUGGAUCAAUCUUUAGCCACCAGUAGGAGGAAGUAUACUUUUUUUUUUUUUUUUACCCACAAGCACAAAUUCUCUAGUUCAAGGUGACUUUGCGAGAUGGAGAAGUAAAAACACUGCCUGCGACACUGCCAGUGGUUUUUCCUCCUGCUCUAAAACUCUGUGUACAGUGUAGAAAAACUGUGGUCGUGACUCGUUGUGUGUGAGCUCGCUGCAGCGUGACUGGCUGUGGCUCUCGGUGUUACUGUGUGUAAGUACAGUGAUCAGUGUGUCUGUCUGGCUGCAAGCAACGGCCAGCCUAUCUAGCCUGAGACAUUUCUACACAGACGCCGUACAUGUAGACACACAUCAGCACUGGCACACGUUUACACACACGUGCUGUAUAGACACGCACACACAUUCAAUACACACUGCGGCAUCAUAAAAUCCGUCUUUCCCUUUUGUCCUGUUGCAUUCACAUCUAGAGCUGUAGUAACUGCAUGUCCUCCCACUGCUGUGGCAUCACACUGAUAACCAUUUGCAUUAUGGGUGAUGUAGUAUGUAGGAACUGCAUUUCAGAGAAGCCUGGAAUCUUGUAGUUAGCUGAGUGAGCAGAGCCCUAACACGCAGACACCUUUCAUCCACCAUAACUGUACAGCAUUUUAAUGUUUUAUUAUUAUUAAUCAAUGACCACUUCUCGUAUUAGCGAGACAAUCUUAUAUGUGUGAUUUUACUUGGAUGAAAAUGUCCACGUUAUGGUAACAAUGCUACCUAUGCUCUAGUACUUUGCAGUGUUUUUGCACCAUUGAUGCAAACAGUGUUAAGAUCUGUGGGACUAGUCACUGAUUAAU